AUGGACCUGCGCAAGGUCAGACGGGCAGUGGCAAAAGCCAUCAACAAGAUCGAGGCCAUAAGAGACAAGCCUAGAACAGACCAUCCAGGACUCGACAUCACGGUGCAAGUGGGGGCCGCACUUUAUGAGAUCAAGUACGAGAACAUCUUGGCCGGAGAGUUGUACCAAGGUAACCCUGAGCUACGGGCAAAAGCACUCCGAGAUCUUGAUGCACACGGCAAGAUAUUCGACUGGAUCGACAGAUUCUACGAACUGGAAGAGUCGCUGUAUCCCGUCGAGGGCUACUAG